AUGCCGGGCGCGGUGAAGGCGGGGAGCAGGCCGCCGUGGCUGGGGCUGGGGGCGGCCGUGUGGCUGCAGGCGUCGGCCGGGACCAGCUCCGUCUUUGCGCUCUACUCGCACGCGCUCAAGGUGGCGCUCGGCACCGACCAGAGCCGCGUCGCGCUGCUCGGGGUCGCCUGCAAUGUCGGGGACAGCAUCGGCCUCCUCCCCGGCAUUGUCUGCAACAAGCUCCACCCGGCCCUGCUCCUGCUCGUCGCCGCCGCCUCCGGCCUCCUCGGCUACGGGGUCACCUGGCUCGCCGUCUCCGGCCUCGCCCCGGCGCUGCCCUACUGGCUGAUAUGGAUCGCAUUAUGCAUGGGUUUGAACAGCGGUGCGUGGAUGUCGACCGCCGCAUUAGUAACCAACAUGAGGAACUUCCCACUCAGCAGAGGGGUUGUUGCCGGCAUCCUCAAGGGCUACUCUGUUCUAAGUGCAGCUGUAUACACUGCCAUUUACACGGGUGCGCUUCACGGUUCAACUACAAACCUCCUGCUUUUUCUCACCCUGGGAGUUGCCAUCGUGUGCCUUCUAGCCAUGUACUUUGUGAGGCCUUGUGAGCCUUCUUUGGUGGAGAAUUCUUCGGAGCGAGUUCACUUCCUGUUCGUACAGAUCAACAGUGCUCUUCUUGGGGUUUAUCCCCCCUCUACUCUCUUGUAA